AUGGGCACAGGGGGUGGCAGCUUCAGAGUCUGGGACACCAGUGGGGUACUUGGGGACAUCUCUGGGGCAUCCUUGGGACACUGCGGGGAUACUCUGCUCUUUGCAGGGACCUUUGUACAGUCAGCAGCCCUGCCCGACCUGCCGCGCAUAGUGAUGCUGAGUGAGGACGCUGCACCGGGCGCCCGCGUGGCCGAGGUGGCUGUGUCCUGCAGCAACGCCAGCAGCAGCCCCCAGGUCACGCUGGAGCGCGUCGAGUCCGGCGUCCCCACGGGUUCCAAUGUCACCCUGCGCAACACUGAUCCUGGCCACCCCUUCAACCCCAUUGCGAUCAGCGCCGACGGCGUGCCCGCUUCCACCUUUAGGGCAGAGGUGACACUGCGUGCUGGCGCAGAGCUCGACGCCCACCGGGUGAACUGGUACGCGCUGAUGCUGCGUGCUGCCUGUCCUGGCGAGCAGGAGGUGACAAGGUGGCUGUUUGUGCGGGUGACAUCGGGACAGGCGCUGCGCUGCGGGACCCCGUUUGCCAGCACCGGUGGGGACGUGGUGCAGGUGCCAGCAGACGUGGCACCCCGGGCACCCCUGUAUGCGGUGCAGGCGCAGCCACUGGGUGGGCUGAUGUUCCAGCUCAGAAACAGUGGCACACCACUCACACUGACCCAUCAGGGCCUGGUGCUGGCGCCUGAUGGCGGCUUCAGUCCCAGCAAGGACACCCAGAGGUUCAGGCUGGAGAUCGAGGUGAUGGACCGGCACGGGCAGAACUGCAGCGGGGCCGUGACAGUGGAAGUGCUGCCAUCACACCGUCCCCGUGUCACCAUCCUUGCGCCGCAGCAGGACGUGAUGGUGCCGGAGGGCAUCGGCCCCUUGGAAGUGGUCACGCAGGUCCGCGCCAGCGGGGACAACGUCCACUACGCCAUCCUCGCUCCCACAUCGCCAGCGCUCUUCACCAUCGAUGAAAUGACAGGCGAGAUCCGCAGCACGUGCCGGCUGGAAGUGGCCAGCGCGCACCUGCUCGUCCAGGCGUACAACGCGCUGCAGCCCACUGACCGGGACACCACCGUGCUCAAUGUCACCGUGCAGGGGACAGACCGGCGGGCACCGUCCUGUGUGCCGGCCCUCUACAUGUCACAGGUGCGUGAGACAGUGUCCCCUGGCACCACACUGGUGACACUGAGGUGCACCGACCCUGCUGGUGAUGAGGGGUCCCUGCGUUACACGCUGGAGGGGCCACCAGGCUCUCGCUCCCACUUCCACAUGGAGGGGCCACAGCUGCAGGUCAACACCACCCUGGACUAUGACACUGAGGCAAUGGAUCCUGUGGGCUUACAGCUGACAGCCACCAUCGUGGUGACAGCCGGGGGACAGCCCCUGAGGAGCACCCGCGUGCCCGUGCUCGUGACGGUGAUACCUGUCAAUGAAUUCACACCGGAAUGCCCCUAUGGCAUCAUCUUCACCGUGCCGGAGACGGCGCCUUUUGGCAGCAUCGUGGGGCGCGUGGUCGGCACUGACCGUGACCGCCCGCCGAACAGCCUCGAGUACAGCCUGGAGGGGGGCUCUGGCCCCGCACAGCCCUUCUCCAUCGAUGCACGCACUGGUGAGAUCCGCGUGGUGGGGCCCCUCGGCCCCCCGCGGCGUGCUGGCUACCGGCUGACGGUGCGGCUGACGGACACCCACAACGACCAGGACCCGGCGAACCGGCGGAGCCGCCUGUGCGACGUGGCCGUGCGCCUGCAGGCUGUGCCCGAGCGGGCGCCGCUGUGCAACCCGGAGGUGCAGGAGCUGCGGAUCACGGCUGGAACAGGCAGCCGGCAGCCUGUCACACGCCUGGUGUGUCGUGGAGACCCUGAGGGCACCAUGCUGUCCUAUGCCAUUAUCGGAGGCAAUGAGGAAGGGCACUUUCGGCAGGAGGGGAGCAUGCUCUCCUACAUCCCCAGUGGCCUGGCCGAGCCCCGCACCUUCGUGCUGCUGGUGGAGGUGUGGGGUGGCACUGGGUCCCCCCGCCGCAGCACCGUGCUGGCGCUGGUGGUGCACGUCACACCCCGCAGCACCCCAGCACCGCCCAGCACCACCGCCCUGCACAUGGUGCAGCAGAAGGAGCCGCUGGUGGUCUGGCGGACGGAGCUGGCCUGGCUCCCACCAGCCUGGUUUGUGGCCGUGCUGACUGCAACCGGCGUCCUGCUCCUGGCCAGCCUGUGCUGUGUGGCACAUAAUGUGCUGCGCAGAAGCCGAAACCCCAGCAAGGUGCUCCUGAGAGAGAGCUCCCGGGACGCGGCGGCGCAGAGCGGCGUCCACGAGGAGGAGCGGGGCCGCCCGCCCGCCCGCAGCCCGUCCCGGCUCUCGGCACGGCGGCCCUUCGACGGCCGCGCGCAGGACCCAUGGACCGGCCGGGACUAUCUGUUCAGCAGCGUCACCGGGGCACGGCGCUGGAUCUGAGCCCCCCACGCGGGACGGGGAUCCCGCGCGCCCGCCGGGCACGGCAUCUCCACGGCCCCGCGUGGGGCUCAGCCAUUAAACG